CAUAACUGUAGCGAAUAAUGUAGUUAGUCAUAAUAUUCUACCAUAAUCAGGUUCAACUUCUGUUGUUGAAUUCCUAAUCUGGAUUGAAAAAUAUUCUGUACCAGUUUUAACAAAUGAUUAAGAUUGACGUUUAUUUUGGAUUAAUCAUAAUUUCGUGAAUAAUUUACGAGUUGUAAAAUGAGUCUUAUCAUGGAAGAUUUCAAGACUUCUGUCAAUACCCUAGAAGAAGUCAAGAAACUACAAGAAUUAGUAAGAAAAUUAGAACUUCAAAAUUUGCAUUUAAGAAACAAGCAAAACAUUCCUAGAAAAAGAUCGGUGUCCCCCGUGAAAGAUGUUAAAUCCAGAAACGCUACUCGAUCUGCACGGAAAACCUCAGAGGCCAAGGGUGAUGUUGACAAUGAAAGCAAUGUAGAAAAUUCUGUCUUCGCUAACAAAGACGAAUAUUUUGAUAAUCUGGAAAUUAUCAGAGUUAGCGAUAUUGAAAUGUCUGAUGAUGAAUCAUGGCUGUACACGUCACCUAAAAGUGCAAAGCAACAGCAAACAGUCGAAAGUCCAUAUAAGUGGUUAAGGAAGGAUGUUGAUGACCCAGAAAAUAAACAAUUACAACUUGCAAAGAAGGCUUUAUUGACAAAAUUAAACGAGCUUGAGAUACUGUCGCCACCAAACAAAGUGACUACUCAUCAUGCCGAAAAUCCUGUCGUUAGUAACUUGCGGCGUUCUCAAAUGAUGUAUAAAACUCCUCUAUCUGUUCAAAAUCAUGAUCCUACUCAUGUGGAUACUAGAACUUUUACUCGUAGUAAAAAGAAGCAAGCCAUUGAAUUUCUUGAAAAACUUGAUUCACUGAGUAUUGAAAAAUCUGAAAAAGCCUAUACUGUUCAACUGUAUAGAAGUGAUGUGAGUUCAGAUUCUGUUUCUAGUUGCCAUAUUUUAGAAGAUGCAAAUGAUGUCCAAGAAGUAGCUCGUAUGCAAGAAGAAAGUUUAAGAAUGAGUUCUCCUUUAGGCACUCCUAAACGUGGCUCUGUAAACAGUUCAUCUUCUAGAAAAGUAUCUACAUCAUCCCGAGGCUCAACAUCAGACCAAGAUAUGUCUGAAACAUCUGUAUUUAGCUCUCAAAAUCCAUAUGAGUCAACUAGUUAUGAGUGUGUGGAAAACUGCUCAUAUAGUAUUGAUUCCUAUAAUCAUUCCGAUCAAUCUUCUCCGUCCGAAAGCCCAUAUGGAUCAAAUGCGUCCUUGCAUAAUGCUGGGAAAGGAAAAUCUAAAUUAGGUACUUACAGGCGCAGUCUUCCAAAUUUAAACAGAGAACAACUGGCUUUGAGACAAUCAAAAAACAAGUUGUGUAGUGAUAGUACAAAUCAAAUCCAUAGUCAAGUUAAAGGAACAUUGGGAAGAAAAUCAGAUUCUCAAAUGCACAGUGUGCAGAAGACCAGAAGAGAAGUAAAGUCCCCUUCAAGAGUAAAACAGUCCAAUCAAAUGUUUGUACAUCAACCUAUAUUUCAAUCUCCUGAAAAUUCCGAGCCUCUAACCGAUGUGCCUAAAAGUGCAGAUUCUGCUGAUUUAAGAAUGCGUUCUAGAUCUGGAUUACCUCGACCUUCUAGAGCCAGCUCUGCUUCAAGAUCCGUUGCUCGGUAAGGGAAUAUUUAGCGAUCAGGAAUUCCAAUGCCUUCCACACUAAGUAAAAAGCGUGUUGAAGACUCUUGGAGUGAAGGAUGCUUUUAAUCAUUGAAAAUCUUUGUCCAUUCUUAUAAUUGGCACAAAAUAUUUUGGUUUGCUUUUAUGUUUUGUUAUUUUAAUAUGAUUUCUUUGUGACAUUCCACUUUUAACUCUGCAAACUUUCAAUCCAAGUUUAUUUUUUUAAGGAAAAAUAUUUGUUCCUCCCAAUACAUAAUCCACAAUAAUCACACUGUAAUGUAAAACUGUUGUCUGGUGGCUUUAAGCUCUGUAAGAUACUUGAUAAUUUUUCCCUGGCAUUCCAUUAAAAGAAUAAAAGUGGAGAAGGACGAUAAUAAAUUUCAACAUAACUUGUCUUAUUUUUAUGGAAAUAAUCAUCUAUAAUUUUAUUUCAGCUGUCUAUAAUUACUUGCUGGUUUGUGUUGUUUUUUAUAGUAUUUGAAAUGUUAUUGAUGUUUAAAUGCAGGACCAGUUUAACAAUCAGAUACCUGCUUGUUAACUUUCAAACAAAUAUUUUAAAGACAUGUAAUAUUAACCAUAUACAAGGUGUAAUUUCCGGUGUAUUAGUGAAAGAUUGUAUUUUUAACAAUUGUUCACACUAUCAUAUAUUUUUAGCUUUUCCAUUUGCAAUUAUCAGAGCUUUUAUAAAUAAUGUUACAUAUUUAGUAUAUAUAUGUAACUUUUUAAUAAAUAAAUGUAUAAGAGAACUAUUGCAUUCAAGAUGCAAAAUUACAUUCUUACUGCAGUUUUCUAUUCUUUGAAUCAUUUUCCUAAUCUAGUUACCAUGGUAUUGAAAUCAGAAGUAGCUAGCGUAAAAGAUAAUAAUAAUAAUAAUAAAAAAACAUUAAAAAAAUUAUUUUUAGGAAUCUGUUAUAUUUUUGUAGCAACCAGCUGUUACAUUUGUUUUAUGUAAUGGUUCAUCAACUGAAAAAUCAAUUAAGUACUCAUGAGAAAUGACGAAUUCAUGUUUCCAAUUAUGCGAAAUUCAGAUAGAUUCUAUUUUUUUUAUUUCAAAUAAUCACAUUUGAUAAAAAAAAUUACAUAUAUAAGAUCCUGUAUAAACUUAAAAUGAAAGGCUAAUUGCUUUAAUUGUAACUAACAUGUUAUAAUAUUUCAUUUUCUUAAAUGUGUUAUUAAUACAUAAUAAUCUAAAAUUAAAGUAUCUUCAUUAUCUGUUUUUUUUAUAUAUAUUUUUGUACUUAACAUAUCUAUUUUACACUUUUCU